AUGCUCAGCGACAAUCAACUCUCUAUAGUGGACUCUGCGUACAGGGCGAUCAUCGCAUGCGUAACACCCCAUACUGGAUUGAAACUCUGUGGCGCUCUAGCCGCAUACGCCUCAUUCUGGCUACUUCGCACCUGGUAUAACCUCCGACGAUGGCCAGGCAAAACGCUGCCUGGGCCCCCUAUGGCCGGCGGCUUAUUUUGGGGAAGUGCUGCUAGUCCUCGUCCCAUCGAUUGGGCAUGCCUGUUCUUACACGAAGAGUGGUUCAAGACCUAUGGAAGCACCCUGCGCAUAUGGGGUUUGCUAGGUCGUCCUGCUAUCUUUACGCUUGACCCGAUCGCACUUCGGCAUAUGUUAGCGAGUCCUGCCUACGAGAAAGGCGAAGCCAUUCGGCACCAGCUCGGAGAGCUUGUAGGACAAGGGCUUUUGUUCAGCGAGGGCGCAGUUCACAAGAAGCAGCGUAGGGUCAUGAACCCAGCCUUUGGGCCCCUACAAGUCCGGAGGUUCACGGAGACGUUCAUAAGCAAGGGCAAUGAAAUGCGUGACCUUUGGAUGGACCUGUGCUCCCGGAACACUACACGCACAGAUGGAUUUAUACGUAUCGAUGCGUUUGCCUGGCUUAACAAGGUGACUCUGGAUAUCAUCGGACUCGCAGGCUUCGACUACGACAUAGACUCCCUUCAUGCGCCGGAAGACGCCCCGAAUGCUCUCCAUGAGGCCGUGCGGACACUGUUUUCUUUCUCGCUCACUAUAUCUGCAGUAUUGCAACUGUUCAUCCCUCCGCUCCGCAAGCUGCCCACCAAGCGCGUGCGCGAGACGGCCAAGGCGAAGACACAGAUAACUGAAAUAGGAAUGCGGCUCAUCUCAGAGAAGAAGGAAGCCAUCUUGCGCGAGGCUUCAUCGGGAUCAUCUCUUGAGAAGAAAGAUAUACAAGGAAAUGAUCUUUUGAGCCUACUCAUUCGCGCGAACCUCGCCUCCGACCUCCCGGAGAACGCUCGCAUGAGCGACGAAGAUAUACUCUCGCAAGUUCCCACGUUCCUAGUCGCUGGGCACGAAACGACCAGUACUGCUGUAGCAUGGGCUCUAUACACCAUGUCCACUGAACGGGAUGUACAACAGAAACUGCGCCAGGAACUCCUGGCUGUCUCUACAGACGCCCCGACGGAUGCAGAACUUGAUCAUCUACCGUACCUCGAUGCCGUUGUGCGCGAAACACUGCGUAUCCAUCCUCCAGUGUUCGGCACGGAGCGUGAGGCCGUACAAGAUGACGUUGUUCCAUUGAAGACACCCUAUAUCGGCACCGACGGAGUACCACAUCAUGAACUACUCGUCUCGAAAGGAGACCUCAUCGCCAUACCAAUCAUGGUCAUGAACCGCUCUGUCGACUUCUGGGGCGAGGAUGCCCAUGAGUUCCGCCCUGAACGAUGGUUUGACCUUCCCGAGGCCGCCAAAGAGCUGCCGGGUGCAUGGGCGAACCAGAUGACUUUCCUCGGGGGUACCCAUGCUUGCAUUGGUUAUCGCUUCUCAGUAGCAGAGAUGAAGGCCCUCAUUUUCACUAUCGUGAGGUCUUUCGAGUUCCGGCUGGCCGUAUCACCCGUCGAUAUCAUGCGCAAGUCUAUGAUAGUCGGCCGGCCUGCGCUGAGUAGCAACCCGGCUGCUGGAUCACAGUUGCCUCUGCUGAUCCGACCAGUUCGCAAUUGA